AAAUUGGGUGCUGAACUCGGGACAGAAUGAACUCAAACCCCGCGCGAUCGCCUUGGCUCUGCAAUGAUGUACAUCUGCGCGCGCCAGCAGCGUACGUGCGCAGCCCAUUUCCGAGCAGACCAGUUACCAAAGGACUGAAUCAAGGGCCCGGGGGUCAGCCACCUCGCUGCAACAUUGCUUCCCGCGUGCAUGGAACCCUGCGGGCUGCUGCUGAGGCCCUGGCACCACUCGCGCACUGUUCACACAGCAGUGCGUCUACACAUUGCGCGUCCACACUUAAGCCCGACCAAGGCAUUCGCUGCUAGCUCUGCUGCGCCGCGCUGCUGGGCUCGGCGCCUGGCGCCGCACUGCCUCCGCGAGCCUGCCUGCCGCGCCUGACGUGCCGCACUUCAGCCCGACCUCCCGGCCGCAACAUCGUGACUUAAUGCUGCUGCUGCUGCUGCUGCUGCUGCGCGCGGGGCUUGCGGCGGUGCGCCUGCACAGCAUCGCUACGGUACCUACAAGCGGCCGCAGCAGGCUCCCGGCUCGCACGUAUACAUGUGCAGCUGCAGCAGCAGGCCGGGCUGGCAGAGGUGAUGGAGCUGCACGCCGCCGCAUUGGCCGCCGCAGCGCUGGCACCUGCUCGCUCCUCCAUCACGCCACCGUUCAGCUGCAGGUACAGCAUGAUGGCCGCCGCCACCUACGCAGCGAGCAGCGGGUGCAGGUGCAACCCGCCGUGCCCAGAACAUUGCUACCGAGCGCCAGCUGUGAGGAGUCGGUGGCUGGGCCCCGCCCGCCGCCCGCCGCCCGCCGCCGCCGUGCACCAGGCCGAGCACGACGACCCGGACGCGGCUUUCGAGCCGCUGCAGCGGCCACCUAGCUACCUGUCCGCCGCCCUAUCGACAGCCCAACAUGGAUGUCGAGGACUGGGGACGGGGCGUGUGCCGCAUGUGGACCGCCAUGGGCCACGUGUGCUCCUGUCCGGGCAUGGGUGCACAAUGCGACAGCAGCACGGGCGAAAGCGGCGGGUAGCAGCGUGCGCACUGGUGUGCGAAGGUGUGCGUGUGCGUGGAGGCAUGGGUGGCACAAUUUCAAGCCACCGGCCCAGCCGCCUGGGCACAGGUAUCCAACCAAGGCAUAGGCGUGUUCAGGAAUCAGAGACAGCAUCACAGUAUUAGGGCCAGUUCGGUGUGGAACGUUUGACCGGUGGUGAAAGAAGGCCCGGGGACGUCGGUGGAGAUGAGGGCUCGUGCCGGUGUAUUAUGUUUGUUUGUUUUCUAUUUUUUGAUCCAAUGGAAUGUCAAGGUGCAGGCUUCCAGGAGUUCUCCAGCUCGAGCGGCUGUCGCCACCACCGCAUUCGUUGCCACGAUUCGUUGCUGGACUGGUGGGAUUGCACUUAUUAUUCAAAUUUGAGCUGUAUUAUAACAAGGAUCCUGUAACAGGAGAGACGU